AUGGGCUUCAAGGAUCGCUUCAGGGCCCGCGAGGAGCCUGUUGAGGGGGGCGAAGCGACUGGCGCCGACGUCCUGCCCGAGCAGAGUCACAACCCUGAGCGUGAGCUUCGCAACUUCCGCAAGCAACACACAUGGGAUCCGUUUCUCGACAUCGACAAGCUUGACAAUAUCGACGAUGCCCUCGCCUCAGGCAACGCCGAAAAAGAGGCUGCUAUUGACGAAUCCUUGAUCCAGGAGGAUUCUCCGUAUCCCGAAGUCCGCUCCUCGAUUCCCCCCAUUGAUGUCGAUGUUCCUUGCAACACUAUUCGUUCAUGGACCAUUGGUGCCCUCCUGUGCACCAUCGUCGCAGGUUGCAACAUCCUCCUCACUCUUCGCAGGAGUCCUAUUUCCAUCGGCUCCACCGUGGUGCAGCUGAUCGCCUACCCUUUGGGAACUGGCUGGGCCAAAUACAUGCCUGCUGCAACCUUCAAAGUAUUUGGACGCACCUUUGAACUGAACCCGGGGCCUUUCAAUAUCAAGGAGCACACCAUCAUCACCAUCAUGACGGCGGCCGGCUCGAGCGUCAGUUACUCCAUUGAUAUUCUUCUUGCCCAGGAGGUUUUCUACAAACAGUUCUUCAGGUGGGGUUUCCAGAUCCUGCUCAUGAUUUCCACCCAGGCCAUGGGUUUUGGAGUUGCAGGCGUCGCCCGCCGCUUCCUUAUCUGGCCCUCGUCCAUGGUGUGGCCGGCAACGCUCAUUACAUGCACAGUCAUGUACUCGCUACACGACCAUAGUCCCUCGGACCCGUUAGCUACUAACGGCUGGCGAAUCGGCAGGUAUAAGUUCUUCCUGUUUGUGGCCCUAGGCACUUGGUGCUGGGAGUGGUUUCCCCUUGUGAUGGCCCCAUUUCUUUCGACAUUUAUGUGGCCUACCUGGAUUGCCCCGAACAAUGUUGUCGUCAACCAGGUCUUCGGUGGAAACACGGGCCUGGGACUUAUGCCCAUGUCGUUCGACUGGGGCACCGUUACCGGCUUUCUGAACUCCCCUUUGCAGACCCCAUCCUUUGCCAUCUACAACGUCGCCGCCGGCAUCUUCUUCACGACCAUCUGCGCAAUUGGCCUCGCCUGGGGCGGUCCUGAAUUCUAUCGCUACCUUCCGCUCAGCGCCAACGCCAAUUUCGAUCGGUAUGCUAAGAAGUACAAUGUUUCCCGUAUUCUUACCCCCGAAUUUACGGUCAACGAGACCGCAUAUAAAGCAUACUCGCCAAUCCUGCUCGGCCCAACGUUCUCCCUCUCCUAUGGCCUAUCCUUCGCGACGUUGAUAUCUACCGUUAUGCACGUCGCCCUCUUCUACGGCCCUGAUAUAUGGAGGCGAGCCCGAAACGCCAAGUCCGAGGAAGCCGACAUUCACAUGAAGCUCAUGAAGAAGUAUAAAGAGGCCCCUGAGUGGUGGUUCAUCGCGGUGUUUGCCGUAAGCUUCGCUUUUGGUAUGAUUGCGUGCCAGGUUUGGAAGACAUUCCUCCCCUGGUGGGCGUACAUCCUUUGCAUCUUGAUUGGUGUUGUCUUGUUUAUUCCUAUUGGCAUGGUUCAGGCGAUCACAAACCAACAAACCGGACUCAACGUCAUUACCGAGAUGAUUAUUGGGUAUAUCAUGCCCGGACGCCCGGUUGCCAUGAUGCUCUUUAAGUCAUGGGGUUAUAUGAUCUCGGCCAACGGCCUCAACUACAUCUCCGACAUGAAGAUUGGUCACUACAUGAAGAUCCCUCCUCGAAGCAUGUUUGCCGCGCAGGCUUUUGCAGUUUUCUGGCUCUCUAUCGUCCAGAUCUCGAGCUACAAUUUCAUCAUCGGAAAUUUCAAGGAUAUCUGCACCGACGACCAACCUCAGGGCCUCACGUGCCCCAAUGCGAAGACCUUCUACAACGCCAGUGUGAUCUGGGGUGUCAUUGGCCCCAGAAAGGUCUUUGGCCCUGGCGCCAUCUACGCCUGGACAAACUGGUUCUGGCUUAUCGGUGCAGCUGUGCCUACGGCCCAGUACCUGCUUGCCCGCCGUUACCCUCGUUCGUGGCUUCGAUAUCUUGUCAGCCCGGCGUUGUUCGGCGCUGCCGGCAUGAUGCCACCCGCCACCCUCUACUUCCUUCUCCAGUGGGUCAUUGUCGGGCUCAUAUUCAACGGGUUCAUUCGCAGGCGAUACUUUGGCUGGUGGUCGCGGUACAACUACGUCCUGUCCGGUGCUCUCGACAUCGGAACGGCCCUCUGCGUCGUGAUCUCGGGACUGGCUCUCGGCCUGUCCGAGACAAACUUCCCAACAUGGUGGGGGUUCGAGGUCCUGGAUUCUACUUUGGAUGCCAACGCCGCGGCUCGCACCAAGAUAUUCAUUCCGAACGUGACAGAGCCACUUGGGCCUUCCACCUGGUAG